GUGGCGCGCGGUGCGCAGCCAACCAUCUCUCAAGCAUCGGCCAAACGCCGCGAGUAGCUUUGCGCGUGGCCAGCCGAGCUCAUCAUGGACGACACGGAGGAGGCGCAGGCCUGGAUCGAGGCGGUGACGCACGACCCGUUCGACGACUCGCUCAGUUUCCUCGCGAACCUGAAGACCGGGGCGCGCCGCGGCGUCCCCGCAAUUUCGCGCGCCCCGCGCCGACGCCGCCCGCCCGCAGGUGCGGCUGUGCAAGCUGAUCAACGCGAUCAAGCCCGGUAGCGUCAAGAAGGUUUCCGAGUCGACCAUGGCCUUUCGGCAGAUCGACAACAUCAACAUGUUCCUCAAGGGCUGCCAGGCCAUGGGCAUGCCGGCGUCGGACUGCUUCGGCGCCAAGAAACUCUUCGACGAGGGAGAUUGUCGAAAGGAGGUGCUCAACACGCUGGAGUCCCUUGGCGGCCUGUGCCAGGCCCAGGGCGUGGCCGUUCCGGUCUUCGGCAAGAACAAGUACGCGACGAAAAACACGCGCGUGUGGACGGACGAGCAGAAGCUCCGGCAGGCGCGGGCGGAUCGAGGCUCGAUGCUCAUGCAGGGGUCGUCUGGGACGAUGGAACGCGUCGGCGAGUCCUCCAGCGGCAUCACCUUCGGCAACUCGGCCGCGGGGGCCGGCGUGGGCGGCAUGACGCUGCUCUCCGCGGGCUCCGCGGAUACCAUGGAGCGCGUCCAGGGCAGCCGGGGCGGCAUCACCUUCGGCAACUCGGCCGCCGGGGCGGGCGUCGGCGGCAUGACGCUGCUCUCCGCGGGCUCCGCGGAUACCAUGGAGCGCGUCGCCGGCUCGCAGCGCGGCAUCACGUUCGGCAACGCGGCCGCCGGCGCCGGCGUCGGCGGCGACGGCACGCUCCUGAACGUCGGGAGCGCGGGCACCAUGGAGCGCGUUCAGGGCCGCAAAGCCGGCAUCACAUUCGGCAACGAGGCGGCCGGCGCCGGCUCCGGCGGCGGCGGCACGCUGGUCAACGCGGGCUCCGCCGCGACCAUGGAGCGCGUUCAGGGUCGCAAGGCCGGCAUCAUGUUCGGCAACGAGGCGGCCGGCGCCGGCGUCGGCGGCGGCACCACGCUGGUCAACGCGGGCUCCGCCGCGACCAUGGAGCGCUCCAACGUGGGCAAGGCCGGCAUCACGUUCGGCAACGAGGCGGCUGGUGCCGGCUCCGGCGGCGGCACCACGUUGGUCAACGCGGGCUCCGCCGCGACCAUGGAGCGCUCCAACGUGGGCAAGGCCGGCAUCACGUUCGGCAACGAGGCGGCCGGUACCGGAACCGGCAGCGACGGCACGCUCCUCAACGCGGGCUCCGCCGCGACCAUGGAGCGCGUCACCAAGCUCGCGGCCGGCAUCACGUUCGGCAACGAGGCGGCCGGCGCCGGCUCCGGCGGCGACGGCACGCUCCUGAACGCCGGGAGCGCGGGCACCAUGGAGCGCGUCCAGAGCAAGGACGGCGGUAUCACUUUUGGCAACCAAGCCACCGGGCUGCCACCACCGCCGCCACCCUAGCUUGUGACCUCCCGGUCGCGAGACUGCCAUAUAUGGGCCUCCAUAGGUCGUUCAAUAUUCUCUCGACUCGGGGACUCUGUGUAUAUCGCGUACUCCCGCUAGGGCUUCGAGUCUUCUAGAAGGCGGCCCCCGGCGGGCGGCCGGGCGGACAGGUGCAACUUAGACUUUUUU